GCUCUUUUGUUUCGACGCGCUGUUGGUGGUACAGGGAUUCCAAGCAUGAGAUCCCUCAGUUUGUUGCUACUCGGCGCCAGCUGCGCGCUAAUCCUAAGCAUAGCCUACGCACAUCCGCCGGAGGGUGUGUGGAAGAAGAAGCUGACCUGGAAGGAGGAUUGGGUGCAGGUCUGGAAGACCAUUAAAAAAGAGGCAUGGGAAACGAAAUGGAAAAAGGUGUCCGUACCAAUUUGGAAAGAAGUUCAGGUGCCUGUCUGGAAGGAGGAGAAGGUGCCGGACUGGAAGAUCAUUAAGAAGCCCAAGAUUGAGGAACGCGAGGUGCCCGCCUGGAAGGAUAUCAAAGUGCCCGAAUGGAAGAAGAUAACGAAGCCCAUUUGGGUGCCCACCAAGGUGGCCGUGUGGAAGGAAAUUCAAGUACCAGUGUGGAAGGAAGUCCAAGUGCCGUUCUGGAAGGAAAUCCAGGUGCCAGUGUGGAAGGAAGUACAGGUGGCAGACUGGAAACAAAUGUUCGAGCCACAAUGGGUGAAAAUGGGCAUUCCUGGUGAAAAGUUCUUGGGCAAAGAUCACGAGGGCUGGGAGUACACCAGUCACGAUCUGUGGCGCAAGAAGCUCAUCUGGAAGCCAGUGUGGAAGAAGAUCUGGCGCACCGAGAAGAAACAGGAGUGGCGCACCGAGAAGAAGCAGGAAUGGCGCACCGAAAAGGUGCAAGAGUGGAAAACUGAAAAGGUGCAAGAAUGGAAACAGGACAAGAAGCUGGAAUGGAAAGACGAAUGGGUUCAGGUGUGGAAGCCAUCCAAGAAGCAAAUCUGGAUCAAGGAGAAGCGCGAAACGUGGGUCGAGGAGAAGGUACAGAUCUGGCGCACCGAGAAGAAACAAGUCUGGGCCACCGAGAAGAAGCAGGCGUGGAAGGACGAAUGGCAAUCGGUGCAGGUGCCUGUCUGGAAGGAGGUCAAGGUACAGGAAUGGAAAAAGGUGUGGAAGCCAGUGUGGGAAAAGGUCUGGGUACCAAUUAGCCAUGGACACGGACAUGGCUGGGAUUAAAUUGUGCCCAAAAUAACGGGCUAACAUCUCGCAAGCUAUGCGACAGCACUGAUAUUAUCUGAUAACUGCCCAAGUCCAGCCCAAGUUCGAACCCAGGUUCGAACCCAAGUUCGAACCCAUACUUAAGUCAGCUCAUUUGGCCUAAAUCAUCUCCUCCCUCCACAUGCACACACCCCGAAUGCAUUUUGUAUACAAAUUUCGUCACUUUUCCUUUCAACUUAUCUUCUUCUUUUCUACUAUUUCUGUCUCUUUGCCUCUUGUAACUGUAUCUGUAUCUUAAGUGUACAAAUUAGUCAUCCGCGCGUUUGUCUUUAAGUUAUAAACAUUUCAUAUUCCAUGAAACAAUUUAUUAAUUGGCCUAUUUGGAUUUGCCAUUGAAAUUCAACUUCAAUGAAGAAUGAAGCUCAAAAACAAAAACAAAAACAACAACAACAACAAAACAUAAAAGCAUAAAGAAAAACAAGUGAAAAUUGUGCAUUAAAGGUUUGUAAAUAUGUAUGUACGUAAACAAAAACCAUAAACAUAAUCAUAAACAACUGUACAAAAUUUCAAACAAAA